AUGGCAAUGGGAUUGUGUCCUGCCGCCUGUCCAGCUGGACCACAGGGUCUCCCUGGACUGCCAGGAAUGAAGGGACACAAAGGAAUACCUGGUGAGCCUGGAAACAAUGGAGAGCCUGGAGAGAAAGGAGAUGCUGGAGUACCAGGUACCCCAGGUGCACCGGGUCGGAUGGGGGAUGAUGGACAAAGAGGGCCCAUCGGUCUCACUGGUGCACCUGGAGAGAAGGGAGACAGAGGCUCUCCAGGUUUCAACGGUGUCCCCGGACCCACCGGCCCACCUGGAGCUCCCGGUGUGGAGGGAAACCGAGGACGACAGGGUUUACCGGGUCCAAAGGGCGAUGAAGGGGCUGUGGGAGCUAAAGGAGAACAGGGAGCUACAGGAGAUAAAGGGGGUGCUGGUGAACCGGGUAAAGAUGGUAUGGAUGGACUUCCAGGAACUGAUGGAGCCAAGGGUGAGUCUGGUACUCCUGGAGCUGUUGGCAUCAGGGGGAUUGUUGGUAUUCCAGGUCUUCCAGGCAAACAGGGAUCAGCCGGGUCUCCUGGUGAAAAGGGCGACACUGGUGCUGUGGGACCAGUGGGACCAAUUGGACAUCCUGGAAAAAAUGGUGCGCCUGGAACAGCAGGUUCUGAUGGAAAACCAGGAGACAAAGGAGCAACUGGUGACACAGGGAAGCAGGGACCAGUCGGGCCUGUAGGUCCUCCUGGCAUUCCGGGUCAUAAAGGAGAUAAAGGGAACACUGGUGCUAAAGGAAUAAAGGGUCAUACUGGUCACAAAGGUGAUCAGGGGCUGAUGGGCCCAAUGGGACCUCAAGGAAGUCAGGGGGACAAGGGACGGACAGGAGCUCCAGGGGUCAAAGGAGAUCAGGGCCUCCCUGGAGUUUCUGGAAUCAAAGGAGAGCAAGGAGAAAAGGGUCAAAGAGGAGCUACAGGGGCUGAUGGCAGACCAGGUUUGCCAGGCCACGAGGGUUUGACUGGUCCAAUGGGAGCACGAGGCCUGGAGGGGGAACCUGGUACCCCUGGACCACCAGGGCCCAGAGGUCUACCUGGCCCAAAAAUCAGUGACACCUUACUGCGACAAAUGUGUUCAGCUGUUGUUGAAGAACAUUUAGAAGAGUUUAAGAAAGACUUCUUGAAGAAGCCAGCAGCCAUUGGUUCUCCUGGUAUUCCUGGACCAGUAGGACUCCCUGGGCCCCCAGGACCAGCAGGAGCGACCGGUGCAACAGGAGCUCCAGGGGCAGUUGGUCCCAAAGGCCCUCCAGGCUUCUUUGGGCUUCCAGGAGCUCCGGGCAACAAAGGUGAUGUGGGAGAAAAGGGAGCUAAGGGGGCCAAAGGAGAGGAUGGUGUAGGAAUCAAAGGAAUCCCAGGCCAGCCAGGUCCACCAGGUGCACCGGGAGUCUCUGGCAUUGGUAAGGAUGGUAAAAACGGAGAACGUGGUGAAACAGGUAGUCCUGGAGUUCCUGGAGCACCUGGUCCUAGAGGACCAUCAGGACCACCCGGACUCUGUGACCCAUCGACCUGUGUAGGCAGAGUACCACCUCUCUAUGUAGUCAGUGGAAAGAAGUCCUCCAGCUACAAAAACCCAUGAGACCUCGAAGCUCAUUCACACUCAAGAUCUCAUCCUUCGGUGACCGAGCUCAAGGGCCCCUCCGAAGCUUA